CUUGUUGAUGUUAUUUCACAACUAAACGCAAAUCAAAGUGUGUAUAGUUCUGUUGUUCUGCUAAACAAAGAAUACGUCGUAAAUUUCGAUCAAAUUCCAGGAAAAAAAUAAACAUUUGGAAAUUCGGGUGCGGACAAAAUGCAAAAUGAGUGCAAAUCUACCGAAUGAAUUGUCAGCUCUGGUGAAGUUCGAAGUAUUGGUCACCCGACUUGAGGUGAUUUCGAGACACAGCCUGAAAAAACAUGCAAAAAAAGAGCGUCUUACACGAUUUUUUGAGGAAAUUGCGCGUUUGCAACGGAAAUUUGUUGCCGAGCGUGGAACUAAGGAGGAGGCUAGUUCUUAUCCAUUUUUGCGACUUUUACUGCCCGGAUAUGACGACAAAGAACGCAAAGCAUAUGGUAUGCAAAAGGCAGCUCUCGGCGAUUACUAUGUGAAAAAUUUGGGUUUGAAUAGAAACAGUGAAACCGCACGACAGCUGUUGAUACCGGGUACCGAAGAUUACAGUGAAGUCGUGUACAAUGCCAUCAAGUCCCGUGCACCACAAGAAGGAAACCUAACGGUAUACGAAGUCAACAAUUAUCUUGAUUUAAUUGCGGAGCACUAUCAAGCCAACGAGAGAAACAAAAUUCACGAUGUGUUCUAUCAACUGAUCAGUAAAAUGACAGCAAUUCAACAGAAAUGGCUGGUGCGAAUGAUUUUGAAAAAAGUAAGCUGCGGUUUGAGUGAACGUGAAAUUUUGUCCAUUUAUGACGAAAGAGCCUGGGAUCUGCACAACAAACGUAGUUUAUUGUCCGACGUGUGUGCAAUUAUCGAUUCGGAUACGCCACUUGACCAAAUCGAUGUCAUCGAAGUAUUCAAACCGAUUCAUCCGAUGCUGUGCGAACGUGGUUAUGUGGCACAAAUCAAAGAAAUGCUGAAAGAGCAUAAAUAUUACAUGGAUACCAAAAUGGACGGUGAACGAUGUCAUUUGCACAUAAAUGGCAAUGAGUGCCAAUAUUUUUCACGUCGAUGCAAGGAAAUCAAAUUUGGUACCAAAAAUCAAACUCCAGCGAAAUAUGCGUAUAUUUUUCGGGAAUGUUUGAGUCGAGAUGUGAAGAAUGCAAUAUUUGACGGCGAAAUGAUGGUAUACAAUCGAGUAACCAAUACUUUUGUGAAGAAAGCUGAAAAUUCCGCUGCAAAAUAUCUUCAACCAAAUGAUGAUCAAUUCAAUAUUUGCUAUGUCAUCUAUGAUCUGCUUUAUAUCAAUGGAAAGUGCCUUAUCGAUUUGCCAUACGCUGAGCGUAUACGCAAAAUACGAACAAUUGUAAAAGUGAAGAAAGGUGCCGUUAUGCUGUGUGAAUACGAAAAAAUACGUGAUUUCGAACAUUUUUUGCGAUUGUUUAACAAAUCAUUCGAUACAAACGAAGAAGGUAUUGUUCUUAAACAAGAAGAGUCCAAAUAUAAACCAGGACAUCGUGAAAAGGGUGGAUGGUUCAAGUUUAAGCCGGACUACGAAAAAGGCUUGAUCACUGAUUUCGAUUUACUCAUAAUCGGUGGGUACUACAAUGACAGCAAAACAUCGGUAGACACAUAUUUACUGGCCGUAAUGAAAAAGGGCAUCAAUGAAAGCAAUAAAUCAGCCGUCUUUCAUUCGGUUUGUAAAAUUCGCAAUGGUUUGAGUUUCACAGAUUUCGAAACGAUAAACGAUCACAUUCGGCUAAAAAAACAUGAAAUCCGAAAGAAUCGACAAAAGGCAAUGACCGAAUCUCCACCCGGACUUGUAUUUGCAUCGGCAAAUCCAGAUUUUUGGGUUGAACCCGAGCAUUCGGUUGUACUUCAAAUCAAAGCUAGCGAAUUGACGAAAACCACUACCUACGCGACCAAUUAUUCUUUUCGAUUUCCUCGCGUUAUCCAAAUUCGAUGGGAUAAAUCACCGUAUGACACAUGUACUUUAAACGAAUUCAACACAUUUUGUUCGUCAGGCGCAAAUGUUGUAAAACUCACCAAACGACAUGCAACUGCAGAUGAUGUCACUGGUGAAACAUUGCCAAAGCGAGCGAAGCGAAUCAAUCCUGCACCAAAGCCAUCACUGGAAUUAAUUUCCACCGAAACCAAAGUAGUUGACCUAAUAUGUAACGGGCUCGAGUUCGUUAUUCUCAAUACAGAUAAAACAGAAAAUGCCAUAUCUGUUGAUGAUAUGAAAAAGAUGGUUGAACGUCACGGCGGAAAAGUUGUCGAUCAUCCAAAUAGUUCAACGUAUGUCACCAUCAUUGGCAAUGAAAAAACUGCAAAAGCAAAACCGUUAAUCAAGUUAAAACGUUAUAACAUUGCAAAACCAAAAUGGCUGGUGCGAGCACUUGGUAGUGAUCAACCUUUGAUAAAAUUGAUUGAUUUUACACCGGAUGACAUGGUUUAUGCAACGGAAGCACUUCAAAGAAAAUUCGAAGAAAUGGAGGAAGAUGAUGAAAUGGAAACGGCGCCAUUGGUCGAUGGCCAUUUGUCGAAGUCGUUUGAUCAAGUCGCUUUAAACAAUGAAGCCGAUCCAAAUUCUGUUAGCCCUUUGAAAGGAUUGAAAGUGUUCAAUAAUAAUAAUUCUGUUGAACAGAAUCAUCAGAAAAUGAUUUUGGAACAUCAAGCAGAAGAAGAGCACAUCGAUGAUAUUUACACCGCAGUAACGCAGGUCCUUGAACCCAUGGAAACUGAGGAACAACAACACCAUGAUGAUAUUUUCUUGAUGGAUACACAGCCCAUGCAACCAGAGUUAGUCAAUCCGCCGAAUGAAAUCGAGAACAAUGGUCAUCGAUCAGUUUUGGAAAAUGCACCUCCGGUUCCAGAAGAAACGACGAAUUAUGAUGAAUUGUUCCCAGCAAAUUCGGAAACCAAUAAAUCCGAAACUACCAACUAUGAUGAUUUGUUCCCAGUGAACUCGGAAACCAAUGAAUCAAAGUUAGCCAAUGCGCCGAAUGAAAUCGAAAACAAUGGUCAUCGAUCAAUUUUGGAAAAUGCACCUCCCGUUCCAGAUGAAACGACGAUUGUUGUAUCCAGUGAUGAUUAUGAUGAUUUGUAUCCAGUGAACUCGGAAACCAAUGAAUCUAACGUUAAUUUGGCGCAUCCAACCAACUCGAAUCCAGAGGUUCAAUUGAACGAGAAUGUCCCUGACAAUGUUAAGCAAAAUGAAACCCAAUGUCAGGAUGACAUGAGCAUAUUUGGCUCUUGCAUCGCAUACUUUUACGAGGAAGAAUCAUCAUUGGUAGAUUUCGUUGCAACAUUUGCAGAAGGCAUUUUGAUAGCAGGAGAUGGCAUACAUUUGCAAACAAUCGAAGAUGUCCAACAAUCCGAAGCACCAUUAACGCACAUUUUUGUGUCCAGCGCCGAAUUCGAUCGCAAAAAAUUCAAGGAAACGGUACGUUCGUUUGGCACGCAGACAUUGAAGAACGUCAAAGUUAUGCGGUAUCAAUGGAUCCUUGAUUGCGAAGAGCAGAAAAAGAAAAUUUGUGAUACAAAUUACAUAGUUAGUGUGUAAGCCAUGCAUUUGAAAUGUGAUUCUAUUUGAAAGUUAAAAAAGACUCGGCAUUUUCAUACAUAAAUAACCAAUAAUAUCAUUAUACAUUUGAUAUUUUUGUUUUGCAACUCAUUUGCUAACUGAUUACAUAUUUCGUUCUGACUUGUUUAAAAUUAGCUAUUAACGACUGAGACAACGAGUAAAAAAUAUGCACUAAGCAACAAAAAUUGCUCAGAUAUUCUAUGUGUCGAAUAGAUCGUCGAUUAACAUAUGGAAUGUUUCAAAAUCGAGAAAGAGAAAGAAAAAGAGAUAAAACACAUAUUUCAAGUUAAAUAUAUUGCUAAUGGAAUAACACCAUACGCCAACCAAUUUGAUGGUUUACACAUUGACCCCAAAAAAACACCACAAUCGCAUACUUUUUAAAAGUGUAAUCAAUUCCUUCAGUCGUUGAUGCGAUGAAAACAACUUGAGAAUAAUACAUUUUUGUUGAUCAAAUCAUUUUUUUUCUAAGAAAAAAAACAUUAUUUACUCCAGUAACCUAAGCAUAACCAAAGCUUAUUUAAUAUUUAACCAAAAACACUAUUUACUUUGUUAUUUGUUAAACAAUUAUUUUCAAUUCGAUAAAGAGUC